AUGUCUCUCUGGCAACGUUUGAAGACCAAUGACUGGAGAUUGGAGUAUUUCACCAUCCUCUUCACCAUUGCCUUCGUGUUUGUGUACAAGCUCGGUGACUGGUACAACCAGUCCAGAGUCACUUCCUUCCUUAACGGUGUAAAGGGGGUGUUUGAGAAGAACUUCUACCAGUUUGGUGUUGGAGACGGCAAGUUAUACGAGAAGGACAGCGCCGAGAGCUACGCCUCGUACGCCACUGGACGUAAGAAUAUCUCCAAGGUCAACCUUGUGUUCCGUUUGGCUCCAAGACAGAAUGUGUUUGUGUGGUUGAUGGAGAUUGCCUUCUCGUAUUUCACUGAGUCUGUUCUCUACCCUAGUGACAGAGUUGAGAUUGUGGUGAGCCCUUCUGCCGACUACGAUAACUUCAUCACUGCUGUUGUUUCCAAGCUUGGUAUGAGUGAGUACAGAAAGUUCAACUACUAUUUGGCAUUGACCAGAACCUCCGACUCUGACUUGUUGCCUCAGUCUUUUGUUUUCAUGAGCGAGGUCAACGAGUACCAAGAGAAGACCUUCACUGCCAAGUUGGCCGACUCCUUCAAAGCUAACAUGGCCAGCUUCGUGAGAUAUGUGGCCUUCACUGAUCAACCAUCUGAAAAGCCUGUCGCUAUCCGUGACUUGCUUCCACACCGUAGAGUGGUAAUUUCGCUUAACUUGGUUACUGGUAAGAGCGAAUUGGCUCAGAUUUCCGAGCUUCUCGACUCUGUUUUCGACGUGAUCGACAAGAUCGCUGAAAAUGAGAUCACUUUCAGACCCGAGGCUGCAAGAAAGGUUGUCAAGGCCAGAGAGGUGGAGAUCGCUAAGAUCAAGAAGAUCGAGGAAACUGCCAGACAGGAGGAAUUGGCAGAAGAGAUGGCCAAAGUCAGAAAGGAGGAGAGACAGAAGGUGAGAAAUUUGUCUAGAGAGGAACAAUUGAAGGCCGAGAAGAAGGCUCAGGAGAAGAAGGCAAGAAAGGCCCAGAAGAAGAUGAAGGUCAGAAUGUGA